AUGUUCGGGAUGCUGAGCAGCAGCUUUGAGGAUGAUCCCUUCUUCUCUGAUUCUUUCAUCGCACACCGAGAAAGUAUGCGACAGAUGAUGAGAAGUUUUCCUGAACCUUUUGGAAGAGACAUGCUCAGCAUCUCUGAUAGGAGAGGAGGAGCUCGUAACCGUAUGGGACGUGAGGAUGAAGGAAAUUCCUUGACUGCAAUGAGUUCUCUCGUGCCUUUUGGCAGUUUUGGUGGUAUGCAUACAGAUGUCAACCCUUUUCAGGCAAUGGACCGAAUGAUGUUAAAUAUGCGAAACAGUAUGCAGGAAUUACAAAGAAACUUUGGUCACCUUUCAAUGGAUCCAAAUGGACAUUCAUUUAGUUCUUCCUCUGUGAUGACUUAUUCCAAAGUAGGAGAUGAACCACCAAAGGUUUUCCAGGCUUCAACACAAACCCGUCGGGCUCCAGGGGGAAUAAAGGAAACCAGGAAAGCAUUAAGAGAUUCUGACAGUGGACUAGAAAAAAUGGCUGUUGGUCAUCACCUCCAUGACCGAGCUCAUGUCAUUAAAAAGUCAAAGAACAACAAGACUGGAGAUGAAGAGGUCAAUCAAGAGUUCAUCAAUAUGAAUGAAUGUGAUGCUCAUGCUUUUGAUGAUGAGUGGCAAAAUGAAAUUCUGAAGUACCAGCCAAGGGGACAAUGGCGCAAUCUAGAUAACUCUAGGAUGCGAAGUGUUGGUCAUGAGCAUUCAGGAUCCCGAGAACUUAAAAGAAGGGAGAAACAUCAUCAAAAUCCAGCCAUUGAACAUGGAAGAAGAUCAAAUGUUUUUGUGGACAAACUCAACAUCAAAGGAUCACCUGUGAAAAUCAACAAAAAAUAA